GGCGGGCCUUCCGCCAUGGCGUUGGGUUGAGCCGACAACAAGCGUCGUGUGGGUGGAUAGUUUUUUUUCGAGAGCCCCGGACGGUCCCGGCUCCAAGCUCCACCCUUCGCCGCUUCCUGCACCGUCAAUCAAAGCAACGAAGCAGAGAGGGGGGAAAAAUAUAUUGUAAUCAACCCGGCGCUCGCCCUCCCCCGAGAAAAAAAAGAAGGCACCAUGUUCAUCGUCUGAGCCGCCGCCGCCGCCGCCGCCGACCGACCGACCGACCGAGCGUGGGAGGGACCGAGCGCCCGCUAUGACUGCUCCAGAGAGGCCAGUGAAGCAAGAGGAAAUGGCAGCGUUGGACGUGGACAAGCAGAGCGAAUACCUCCAGCACAGGAGCACGGCGGCGCAGAACAUUCAGCCGUCACCGCUUGCACUACUGGCAGCUACGUGCAGCAAGAUCGGGUCGCCGCCAUCGGAGACUGCGGGAGCUACCGCCACUGUUGGAGCCGGCCUGCCGCUUGAUUUAGCUUCUGCACAGUUGGCAGCGUCAAAUGGAUGGCAGCUAAUAACUUCAUCCACUGUAGUAACAAAAGAUAACGCAGGCAAUUUUGUGCAAAUUACUGGGCAGGUUCCAGAAUCCCCUGUGAAUGCUUCUGUACCAACAAGUGGACAAUAUGUUUUACAAGGCUUGCAGAAUCAACAUGUGUUUGCGGUCGCUCCAGGAUCAUCGACAGAUGCAACAGGUGCAGUUCCUAGUGUUCAGUAUCAAGUUAUUCCACAAAUUCAGACUGGAGAUGGGCAACACUUGCAACUAAGUUUAGCCUCGUCUAAUACAGAAGCAGCAUUGCAGCAAGAUGGUGAUGGUCAAAUUCAAAUUAUUCCUGGCACCAACCAAGCAUUAAUUGGCAGUAAGACUCCUUCAGGCAAUAUCCUAACCACCCAAAAUAUUAUGUCACCGGGUGUUUCAGUCCAGAUACAGCCGAGUAAUGCACAUGUCCCUUUGCAAAUCCAAGGAGUCACAUAUGGUGGUGGGACUUAUCCCAGUCAAACGCAGCUUCUCACUAAUGUUCCUGUUGGAUUAACAGGAAAUGUUACUUUUAUGCCCAUUGGAAAUAUUGAUGUUGAUUCUCAUGGAACACCUACUUCACAGUCCAUGACUCAGAGUAAUGCUACAGCAAUUACCACUUCAAGCCAGAUGAUUCCUAUUUCAUCAGAAGAUAUUACUACGAUAAAUACCUCAGCAAGGACAGAUGAACAACGGAUUUCUGUAGCAGUGCAGAACUCGGCUUCUAGUGAUUCUAACACUAAUCUAACUUCCUAUGUGCCAACAUCAGUGGGUCAUAUGAUUGUUUCAGAUGGGCAUAUAGAUUGUGCACAUCAAACUUUGAGCCGUAAUUCUACUGCAACCUCUGACCAGAUACAGACAACUGAUCUUCAUUUGAACCAAUCUACUGUUGAUCACACACAGUUACAUGAUCUACAAGCCUCGCCCUCGCAACAAGCUGACCAUCAACUUCAAUUUCAGUCACAUCACCAAUUUGCUGUCCAGCCGCAAAUUGUUCAGAAUAUUCCUCAGCAGGCGAUACAGACAAUUGGAGGACAAACCAUUACUGCACAAGCUGUUCCUCAACAAGCUUUGCAGAAUCUUCAACUGCAAGUAAUCCAAAAUGCAGGCUCCCUGAUAUUACGAGCCCCUACGUUAACUCCAUCUGGAGAAAUUACUUGGCAAACCUUUCAGGUGCAGAACAUCCAGAACUUGCAAAAUGUGCAAAUUCAGAAUGCACCAACGCAGCAGAUAACUCUUACGCCGGUGCAUACCGUUACGUUGGGCCAAGUAUCAUCCAGUGGGGCAUUGACUCCAAUUGCACCAGCUCCAUUAACUGUUAGUAGCCCACAAUUACAGACAGCAACUGUGAAUUCGUUCACCUCUUCAAGCAUUCAAUUGCAACAAGGUACACACAAUUCGAAUAUUCAAAUUAAAGAAGAAGAGGACGAUUCUGAAUCGUGGCAACUAGCAUCACAGCAUUCUAAUGUGAGAAAUGCAACAGUCCUUGGUUCCAGUGAUUUAGCACAAGUAUCUGUGAAUCUGGAUGAGGAUGGAAAUGACCAGCAGUAUCAACCAGGGAAACGACUUCGCAGAGUUGCAUGUACCUGUCCCAACUGCAAGGAUGUUUUGGGAAGAUCCUCCAGUAACUUGGGCAAGAAGAAACAGCAUAUAUGCCAUUUUCCAGGUUGUGGAAAGACUUAUGGCAAAACAUCCCAUCUUAGAGCUCAUCUUCGCUGGCACACAGGAGAACGACCUUUUGUGUGUAACUGGGUAUUUUGUGGUAAACGGUUCACUCGCAGUGAUGAGCUGCAACGUCACAGAAAAACACACACAGGUGAGAAAAAAUUUGUCUGCCCAGAAUGCUCCAAGCGCUUUAUAAGAAGUGAUCAUCUUUCAAAGCACAUUAAAACACACCAGAACAAGAGGGGCAACCUUUCCAGCCACAACAGUGCUGCUAUAUCAUCAAUGGAAGUGACUUCGGCCUCGGAUGUUGGUAUCCUUGCAUCUGGAGGAACUAUUAUGUCGCCGGUAAUAGCAAACAUUCAGCAGGGUCAUAUGGAAGGGAUUGGAACUGAUCAUUCUGAUGGUGCAAAUACAGAAGAAAUGUUGCAUAAUACUGAUAUACAGUUAGUCACAAUUGGUGGGGAUGACUGUAUGGACUAAAAUUUACAGAGAAACAAUAUGUUAGUGGAUUUUAUAAAAGAGCAAAAGGCUGGUAAAUUUUAUGCUUUUUCUGCGGUCUUUUUAUCAGUGUGAUAAAAUUUCAUCUAUUAUGGAAAAGUGACAUGUCACUAAAAUGCCUUAUUUUCUAUGUAUUUGUAAUACAGUAUUCAUAACUAUUGAACACUGGCAAUGUUGCAUGUACAUUUUGCAGAUGCUCACCAUGUAGCAAUUUUCAAAUAUAGCACUCAUAGAUUAUAAACACAGGAAAAUAGCUAUGCAAGACUGGGGACGGGGGUGGGGGCGAUCUUGAAAAUUAAGACGGGGUUGAUGCAGUCCAGAAUGGGAAAGUUAAUGGUAUGUACAUCUUGAACACAAUUUAUUGUGAUAUAUCUGUUUUCUAUUAAAUUUCGUAGCAAUUUUCUAAUUCAACAUUACAUUUUCUGAUGUAACAGGCAUAUUUCAAACAUAAAAGGGUCACUGGUCUGCAUUCUAUAAGGUGAUUAGUAAACUAGCUGUCAGUUUAGUGUCCAGGUAUGCAUUUGUGUGUUACUAACCUCUUUAUAAAAGAGGAAUAUUGUAAAAAUGGGAACUGGAGUCUUAAUCUAUUUUUUCAAUUUAUUAAAAGCCAUUUUUUGCUAAUGUUAAGGAUCAUCUGCCAAAUAACUGUGUUGAUUAUAUUUAACCCUGAAGUUACAAAGUGGCUACUAAAUGAAGCUUCUUUGACACUUUGCAGAUCCUUAUGCAUCUCUACCCUUUGUAAUUUUCUAUAUUCAAGUUUUUACCUUAACUAUUUGUUGCGCAUAUAUAUAUAUUCAGUUUGUAUUUUUAUUAUGUAUUUGUUAAGGCUGCAGAGAGGUGUUGCUUAACUAUUUAAUCUCAAUCAUCAUUUCAGCACCAUAGAAAUGGGGAUCUAAAUGCUACCAUUUGACUUUUAUUUCUUUCCAAACCGCUUAUGCAGUGCUAUUACAAAUCACAACAAUUUUCCCCAGAAUAUAUUAGAGACAUCUUGUGCCAGUUUUUAAAGUACUGAAUCACCUCGUAGUUUGUACCCUUUUGAAAUUUAUUUUUAACUGUCUUGUCCUUUUUGUAAUGAAAUAAACAUUCAGAUUGCAAUAUAAACCGGCUUUGAUGAACCAAAUUGUGAUUUCAUUAGUUUUAUUUUGGUUCAGCACAUGAACCACUGCUAUGAUGGGAUUAUCAGUGUCACAUGGUUUAACAUUAUUCCUUGAGUAAAAUAAUAUUUUGUGCAUAUGUUUAUAUGAUGAGUCUAUUGAUCAUUGUUUCCAAUUUGCAUCCAGUUACUCACUAGUAUGUGUUUUAUGAUUAUCCAGAACUUCCUCCCAAAUAUAUUAUACUUCAGCAUAGGACAUGAGACCUACUGAGGUUUUUCCAGCAGUUCGUGUCAUUCCUUCACUUCAGUAUUUUUUUUUUUUAACUCGUCACAAAAAUGUCAAGUUCCAAUGGGAAAUGGGUCUGAAACUAAGAUGUGUUAUUUGUGCAAGUGCCAACAGCUGAGGUUAAGUGUGUUACAUGUGAAAAUAAUGGACAGUACCGUUCUGUAGUAAUUGUUAUUUAAAAAAAGAACUUAUGUUAAUGUUUUAGAAGGGUUAAGCAAGUUUCUUUGCAUUUUAGAGCUAAUUUCGAUCAUUCUUCCUACUUCUUCCACCUCUCCCCAUCCCUCCCAAAAAAAGUUAGGUGUUCUUUGAAACAAUGAUGAAACUUGAUUUUAAAAUUCAAUAAAAAUAUAUACAUACCAUGUGGAAA